AUGAAAGGCGAAACAAACGAAACUUUUGUUGCGAGCAGAGGAUGGUUUGAGCGAUUUAAAAAUCGACAUGGGUGGCAUUCGGUCAGAGUGCAAGGCAAAGCAUCAAACGCUGAUGUCGAUCCAGCAAAAACCUUUACAGAAACAUUGGCAGGAACGAUCGAAGAAGGGGGCUACGUGCCACAACUGAUUUUUAAUGUGAGUGAAACAGGACUUUUCUGGAAACGUCUGCCAUCCAAGAGCUCCAUUGUUAAGGAAGAAUCUGCACUGCCUGGUUUCAACGUUGCAAAAGAUCGACUGACAUUAUUAUUUGGAGGAAAUGCAUCUGGGGAUUUAAAAUUAAAACCAAUGCUAGUUUAUCGAACGGAAAACCCUAGGGCACUCAAAGGUAUCUUAAAAAGUACUCUUCCAGUCUUGUGGAAAUCUAAUGAAAAAGCUUGGGUUACGGCAACAUUAUUUGAAGAAUGGUUUUCAUACCACUUUGUACCGGAAGUUAAGAAAUAUUGUGAUAAGAACCAACUUCCAUUUCAUGCAAUGUUGAUUAUUAACAAUGCACCCAGCCACCCUCCAAUUCUGCAACAUCUCCAUCCUAAUGUCAAAGUUGUUUUUUUGCCUCUGGAUACAUCACUUUUGCAACCAAUGGACCAGGGUGUUAUUGCAGGUUUUAAAGCUCAUUAUUUACGUUACACAUUUGCGAUGCUGAAUGAAGAAACGGUCAAAGAAGGGGGACCUACUGUAAUGGAAUUCUGGGAAAGUUACAACAUUUAUACUGCAGUGAAAAUCAUAAGAAAAGCAUGGGAUGAUAUCACUGAAAAGAAUAUGAAGAGUGCUUGGAAAAAACUUUGCCCUCAAUUUCUUAAUGAUUCUGAGGAUUUUGAAUCACUACAAGAAAGUGUUCAAAAAGAAACAGAAGAAAUUGUAAAACUGGCAAAUGAAUUGAAUCUCAACGUGUCAGCAAGUGACAUAGAUGAGCUGCUUCGAUCACAUAGUAACGAGCUUACUAACGAAGAACUUGUAGCAAUGCAAGAGGAGGCAACAGCAGAAAAGGAAACGGACACUGUUGAUGAAACGUCAAUAACUCCUAAGGCCUGUCUUACUCAGACAGAUGUGAACAUAAUUUGUUACAUGUUAAAUUGGGCUGUACGCCAACACAUUCAGCACUAUAUGAUAAUGUCUGGAAUCAGGUUCUCAGUAUCAAAUGAUGUCAACAAAUUACUCGGCAUCUAA